AAUUUUAAUAAAUUUGUAAUCUGUUUCUGGCAAGAGAGCAUGCUUUUAGAAUAUCUCAACAUACCAUAACUCUUGGUGGUUGGUAAGCUCCCCAAAUUAAGACGUUGCUGGUGUUUAUAAAUUUACUAUAUUUCUAGCAUCAACGAUGUGAUCAUUUUUAUUAAAGUUGGUAAGCACCCAAAUUAACACUGUGUUUGCUGAAGCGCAAAUAUGGAGCAGUUAGAUCUUUCCCUUCUGCUCUUGUUUGUGUCUCUUAUCAUUAUCCCUGUCUUCAUUCUAUUCUAUAAGCACGUUUCACCGUUCAUGGCCCCCGACUUGCCACCGGGAAAGAUGGGGUAUCCGGUGAUCGGUGAAAGCCUCGAGUACUUGUCUUCAGGAUGGAAAGGAAAACCAGAGAAGUUCAUCUAUGAACACAUGGAAAAGUACUCUUCUAAAGUGUUUAAGACUUCACUCUUUAGGGAGUGUGUGGUUAUGCUUUGUGGUGCUGAAUGCAACAAGUUCUUGUUUACUAAUGAUAACAAGCUUGUUGUUCAAUGGUGGCCUCGAGGAGUUAACAAGCUAUUCCCAACAACGACUCAAUCGAAUCCCAAUGUUGAAGCUAAGAGGUUGAGAACAAUGCUCCCUCAAUACCUCGGCCCCCAAUCUCUUCGAUGUUAUAUUGGUAUUAUGGACUCCCUUGCUCGGGAACACUUUACUGCUCAUUGGGAAAACCAUGAUGAAGUUACCGUCUACCCCUUGGCUAAGAGGUAUACCUUCUGGGUGGCUUGUCGUUUGUUCAUGAACCUUGAUGAUGAGGAAUACUUAGAAAAACUGGCCGAACCUUUCGAUAGAUUGGGCAAAGGAAUCAUGACAAUCCCCAUUGACUUGCCUGGAACACAGUUCUCCAAAGCAGUUAAGGCUUCCAAGUUCCUUAAAGAGGAAUUGAUAAGGAUCGUCGACAAAAGGAAGGCGGAUUUGGCUAAUGGGAAAGCCGAAGAUAUCAACGAUUUAUUGUCUCACACGUUGAAACUACGCGAUGAAAAUGGAGAGUUUCUGACUUCACAUUAUAUUGCAGACAAGAUUAUGGGCCUGAUGAUUGGUGGUCAUGACACUGGAAGUUCUGCAUGCGCUUCCAUUGUCAGAUUCUUAGCUGAGCUUCCGGAAAUUUAUCAAAAUGUCUAUAAUGAGCAAAUGGAAAUCGUGAAGUCCAAGCCUCCAGGAGAGUUGUUGAAUUGGAAUGACUUGGAUAAGAUGAAAUACUCAUGGAAUGUAGUAUGCGAAAUAAUGAGGCUUUCCCCUCCAGUCCAAGGAUCUUUCAGGGAAGUCAUCAAUGAUUUUAUUUUCAAAGGUUUCAAGAUUCCAAAGGGCUGGAAGGUGUAUUGGAGUGCAUGCUCAACUCAUAAGAAUCCAGAGUACUUUCCAGAUCCAGAAAAAUUUGAUCCAAGUAGAUUUGCAGGAAGUGGGCCAGCCCCUUAUACUUAUAUUCCAUUUGGGGGAGGGCCAAGGAUAUGCCCUGGAAAAGAGUUUGCUCGAGUUGAAUUAUUAGUUUUCAUUCAUAACAUAGUGAAGAGGUUCAAAUGGGAAAAGGUGUUUCCUGAGGAGGGUGUUGUCCUUGAUCCCAUGCCUAUCCCUGCCAAAGGCCUUCCUAUUCGUCUUUAUCCUCACAAAGCUUGAAAACGAUUCUAUUUGAUCGGUUGGGUCCUCUAAUGAGAAAGUUUAGGAGAUUGAGCAUAGAUGUUGUGUUUGUAGUUUUUUUAUUUUCCAAUUUCAGUCCAAUCUCUUUUGUUUCUUUUUUUAUUCUAGUUUGUUGUAAUCGUUGUUGUGAUUAUAGGACUUCAAAAUAAGUAUAAAAUUUAGGUAUAGUUUUUUAUGUAUUUUUUUAGUGUUUUUUUUAAUUAGAAUUAGAUGUAAAACUCUAAUUUUAAUUAAAAAUAACAUAAAAAUACUAAAUAACUAUACCUAGUUUUAUCUUAAAAAUAUUUAUCUAUAUAUAAAGAGCCUAGUUAUUUCGUGGUUGUGUUAAUAAAAAAAUGUGUUUGAAUAAUUUGU